AUGACAAGUAUUGACGAAGAUAUUCUACUAUCCGCUGAUGGCGAUGAUUUCGAUCAAAUCACUGUGAGUUUACACGUCUUUUUCCAUCUGAAAAAUCGAUUUCUUUUCCAGACUUUCGAUGAGGAAGCCUUGUUGGGAGGCGGUAAGUCGACGGAAGACGUAAGUUAUUAUUCUUUUUUUUUGUUAUGAUGAUGAUGAUUUUUAAUUGAUUUCCACUUAUUUACAUGGUGUUUCUCUUAUUUUUCGCGGUUUUCAUACAUAUUUUCUCUAUUUUUUAAAACCCACCCAGUUUUUCCCCCAAUCCCCCGGUUUUCGCGCCCUAUAAAAGUCCCCGGUUUUGCAUUAUACUGGUAUAUGUAUAUUCGUUUUCAUCAUAAAUAAAUGAUAAAUAUUGAAAAAGAGAUUUUCUAGAAAGAAAGAAAAAGGUGAAAAAUAAGGUAACAAGUGUGGGAUUGCAGAAAGUUGAGCAGAACUUCGAUGAUUUGCUACAAUCAUCCACAACAUCGCCGGUGAAGCAGGAGGAGGAAGAAGAAGAAGAGGAAACUGCGAUUUUUGGAGAGGAAUUGGAUUAUGAUGAUGAUGACGAGGAACAUGAAGAUAAAAGACAACGAAUCAAUCGAUUCGCAUCGGAAAAACGGAAAGAAGAUGUUAGUAGAGUUUUUAAAAAUGGAAAACUGAGGUUAAAGUUCGAUAAAACUAAUUGACGCUUUGAAAAAAAUAUUCAACAUUUAAGUUUCAGCUUCUGGAAAAUUGAUUUUUGGUUAAAAACUCAUAUUUUCCAAUUAAUUUUUGAAGUUUCUUGGGCUGAAAAUAAUUAAAAAUUAUUUUGUUUUGAAAAGAAAAAACCCAAGUUCAAAUACCACGUGGAAUUUCAAUUUUCAAAAAAAAAAACAUUUUUCUAGGUUUCAAAUUUUAUUUUAAAUUUUGAACAGUAUGAGCCUAUGGAUAUUAGAAUUUUGUAAUAAAUGCAGAAAAUCCUCGAAAAACAAAAUAUACAGAAAAUUAUUUUAGGUUAGAGAUAAUGUGGAAUGGAGAGAGUGCAGACAGAAAAUUAAAAAUUUCUGUCUAGAUUCUCUCAAUUUUACGUCGUCUCUAAUCUUUUUGAAGAUUUUCAGCAUUGGAAAAAUAAUUUUUUUAUUACAAAAUUCUAAUCUCCAUAAAUAAAGCAUGUCAAAAUCAAAAAAUAAAACUUGAAAUCUAGAAAAAUGUUUUUUUUUUUGAAAUUCCACGUGGCAUUUGAAUUUAGUUUAAAAAAACGUAUUUUUUUUUAAAUUCAAGAAACUUCAGAAAUUAAUUGGAAAAUUUGAGUUUUAAAUCCAAAAUCAAAGGUUUUCCGGAAGCUCAAACUUAAAUUUUGAAUAUUUUUCACAGAAUUAGUUUUAUCGACUGUUCAAAAAAAAAAAAAAUCCCCAAAAAUUUCCAGGAACAUCUCUCCGAAGAGCCCGAAGACAUCAAACCAGGCGACGAAAAGCCGCCAAAAAUCCCCUCACUUUUCGAAAAAGAAGUCGAAUGUCCCUUUAAAGAGCACAAACAAAUUGUGAUCAAACUUCGAUUCGAAGGCGAAACCCAAGAGCACACAUUCUACCCGAAAUAUCCGGCAAUUCAACCACAAAUUGUACCUCCAAGGUUGCCGAAUGGGAUCUCUUUGAUUCCAGGGAUGGGAGGACCUCCUGGUCCAAAUCAUGGAUCUGCCGGGUUUGGACCAACGUAUUUGGAGAAAAUGGAAAUGUUUCAACAACAAAAACGUGCUCCCGGUGGAAUGGGAAUUGUGCCAAUUAUUGCUGGACAAUGGGAUCAGGCGGUGGAGAAUUUUUUGAGGGGAGGAAUCAAGAAAUCAUCGAGAAAUUCAAAACGGCGAAGAGAUCGAAGCUCGUCGGAGGAGAGUUAUUCGAGUUAUGAUUCAAGUAGUUCGCGGUCGUCGAGAAGUCGGAGUAGAUCAAGAAGUUAUAGUCCGAAGAGAAGACGGAGAGAGAGUGAGAAAUAUAGGAGAAGAGAGAGAAAGGAUAGAGAAACGAGACGAGGAGGAGAUAGAGAUAGUAGGAGAAAAUAUGAGGAUAAAAAGAGGCGAGAGGAAAAACAGAAACAUGUGGGUUUUUUUGAAUUGGUGAACCUAGAAUUGGUAAAAAUUCUUAAAAUUUUAUUGAAAAAUUGAAGUUUUCAGCUACAAAAUCAUUUUUUGAUGGAGUUUUUUCGUCAACUUCAAGAUGAAUAUCGAUUUUUUGAAUUUUGAGCUCAGAAAGAGCUUAGAAUUGAAUUUUCCAGUCUGUGAGCAAAAAUUCGUUUAAUGAGUUGAGUUACGCUAACUUUUCGAUGAUUUUUUUGGCAAAAAAUCGAUAUUUGACGAAAAACCUCCAGCAAAAAAUGAAUUAGUAGCUGAAAACUUCAAAUUUCCAAUGAAAUUAGGACUUUUUUGCGUUUCAAAAUUUUUAUCCAGCGAAAUUCCUAAAAUUUUAUUGAAAAAUUGAAGGUUUCACCUACAAAAUCAUUAUUUGAUGAAGAUUUUUCGUCAACUUUGAGAUGAAUAGCGAUUUUUUGAAAAAAUCAUCGAAAAGUUAGCCUAACUCACAAGGGAUUUUCAAUAAAAUGUAUGUUUUCUAGUAGUUUUCAACCCGCUGAUCACGAUUCCGUUGUAAAAAUUGCCUAAUAUGAGUUAUAACGUGGCAAAUUUGAAAAUUCGGGAAUUCAGGAGAUUCUAGUUUUGAAAAUGGUUUUUAAGAAAAUCUUAUUUUUUUGACCUCCUGUACUGUACAAAAAUUGUGAAUUUUUCAGUUUUUAUCCUCUAAAAAUUGUGAUUUUUCAAUUUUCGAUCUCUAAAAACUGAAAUUCAGAUUUUUCAAAAAAUUAUACUCUGGUCAGCCACGGCUUGGUCGAGAUGUGAUUUCAAGAUAAAUCUGAAAUUUGAAGUUGAAUUUCAAUUCCCAUGCUCAAAUAACCCUUACCCUUUUCAGGCCACAAUCGAAAGUGCACAAGCUCUCGGGCUCUCCAACGAUUAUCUCGACAAAGUCAAAGAGCAAAAACGGCAACGCGACGAAAUUGUUCGACGAAAAGAGGAACGAAGGCAUGGAAUCGAGGAGAAGGAGAUCAAAAAGACAUCAUCGCCAGCUCCAGUUCCAAAUUCGGAUCGAGAUAAAAAAAUGAAGGCGUAUUUGGUUGUAAAUAUCAGUGGGUUGAAACAAUUGCCGACGGGGGUUAAGAAGAUUGAACAACUCGCCACUGAAUUGGGACCAAUUAGGGUUGGUUUUGGAUUUUUUUUGGGGGGGGGGGGCGGGUUUUGCCACGUCAUAGAAUUUUGCAGAAAAACGUCGAAAAAUAAAAUAUACAGAAUAUUAUUUUAGGUUAGAGAGAGACAAUGUAAAAAUUGAGAGAGUGCAGACAGAAUUUUUAAAGUACAUUUUUAGAGUUAUGUCUAUAUUUUGUGCAAAUUUUAUUUUUAUUGUGAUUUCAAGUACAGUGACGUCAUCACUAAAUAUGAAAUAUUAUCGAAAAUCUCAUGCGCUCCACCGAAAUAAACACGCAACGCAGACCGCGGCGCGCCACAACACACACAAAUAAGGAAACGAUUCGAAUUCCCUCCCUUUUUUGUGUGUGUUAUGGCGCGACGCGGUCUGCGUUGCGUGUUUAUUUCGGUGGAGCGCAUGAGAUUUUUGAUAAUAUUUCAUAUUUAGUGAUGACGUCACUGUACUCGAAAUCACUAUAAAAAUAAAAUAUGCACAAAAUAUAGACAUAACUCUAACAAUGUGCUUAAAAAGUUCAGAAACCGCACAAAAAUUCUGUCUGCGCUCUCUCAAUUUCACAUGGUCUCUCUCUAACCUAAAAUAAUAUUUGUUCUGUAUGUCUUGUUUUUCGACGUUUUUCUGCCUAUGACGUGGCAAAAAUAGUUUCCCACAUAAAAAAAAUAAAUUUUCAGAAAUGCUGGAAAUCAAGCGACGACACAGUGUCCGUCGUUUUCAAUGCCCACGACAAGGCAAAAGAUUUUAUGAUAAAAUAUAAUAAGUAAGUUUGUCCCCUACUUCCCCUAACUCCAAAAAUCCCCGAAUUUUUUGCAGCAAAGUGAUAACUGGUCUACGCGUUGGUGUUAGUUUAGAGAAACAAUGGUUGAAUAUGUCGGAAAUGCCAUAA